AUGUCCUUCCUGUCGCAAGUCCCUCUUUUCAUGAGACUGCCAAAGGACCAGCAUCCAAUCUUGGCAGCUGCCUGUGUAAACCAACCGUUCAAGGCUGGACAAACCAUCAUUACACAGGGAGAAGUGGGCAGAGAGUUCUUCAUCAUUCAGUCUGGAGAGGCUGAGGUCCUGGUUGGCGAAGCAGGCAAUCAGAAGAAGGUCGCGGCACUGAAGCAGGGCGACUAUUUCGGAGAGAACGCAUUGCUUCGCAACGAGCCGCGCUCUGCGACGAUCAAGGCGGUGACUGAAAUCAGGACCCUGAAGAUUACUCAGGAGAAGUUCCAGGACCUCGGCCUCAACGAGAAGAUACAGUUUGCCAACAGAAAAGCUGUUGGUGCUGGAGGCAAAAGGCAGCUUGUGGUCCAAGCGCCAUCAGAGAAGAAUGCAGAUGAGCGCCAGCUUAUGGAGAAAGCGCUCAAGAAGAAUGAGAACAUCCAGACAAUGGUGAAGUUAGAUGAGAUUCGCGUGAAGCAGAUCAUUGACAUUGCAUGGAAGGAGCAUGUGCCUGGUGGUAAAGAAAUCAUCUCCGAAGGUGAUCUCAUCGCUGAUUACUUUUAUAUCUGCCAAACGGGGACAUUUGAGAUCUUUGUUGCCGACACCAAAAAGGGUGGGGAAGGGAAGCGCAAGUUGGUGCAGACAGUAACAGCUGGUGGCAGCUUUGGCGAACUAGCGCUGCUCUACCUGGUACCGCGGGCAGCCACGGUCAUUGCGAAGGAAGAUUCCUCGGUUUGGGUCAUCGACCGUAAGAACUUCAAAGACAUCCUGAUGAAGGUUUCUGACGAGAAGAUUCAGGAGUACGUGAAGUAUUUGAGCAGGGUAGAAAUCUUGAGCAGUUUGCUAGCUGCGGAGAAGCAGCAAGUGGCCAAAGCGCUCAUGGAAGUCCAUUUUGCGAAGAACGAGGUGAUCAUUCAACAAGGUGAUCCGGGUACAACUUUUUACAUCCUCUUUGAAGGAGAGGUUGCAGUCUCUAUAGAUGGUGACGAGAAGGUUCGCCUUCAGGCCAGUGAAGACAGGGGGACGGCUCAGUAUUUUGGUGAGCGUGCUUUGCUGCACAAUGAGCCGAGAGCAGCGACAGUAAGGGUAGUGUCCAAGGACGCCAAGGCAUUGGCCCUGGACAAGGAAGCCUUCGACUUGCUGCUGGGACCCUUGGAGGAGAUUCUGGCUCGAAAAGACCAGGGAAAUCAACCAUCAAAGGGCGCCAUCGCACCUCCUGCAGGAGGAGCAGGUGGUGGCCGGGAUCCAAACAGGCCAAAGAUCCUGAUGACCGAUCUCCAGAAGGUUGGCCUCCUUGGGGCUGGCGGCUUUGGUGCAGUAGAGCUGUGGGAGCACAAGACAACCGGAGAGACCUAUGCCAUGAAGUGCAUCAGCAAGGGGUUCAUCGUGAAGACAGGAAUGCAGGACAGUGUAAUCACUGAGAAAAACAUCCUCUUCAUGACGAACUCUGACUUCAUCAUCCGUCUUUACGAGACGUAUAAUUCAAAGCAGUCCAUUUAUUUCUUGAUGGAGCCUGCCUUGGGAGGAGAGUUGUACUCAAUGUACCAGCGGAAGGGCUUCUACGGCAGUGAGAAGCAUGCCAGAUACUACUCUGCCGGCGUCGUAUGCGCCUUCGAACAUCUGCACGAGAGACAUAUUAUCUACAGGGACCUGAAACCGGAGAACCUGCUUCUCAAUGAGAAGGGCCAUCUCAAGGUCACGGACAUGGGCUUGGCGAAAUUCGUCAUCGGCAAGACCUACACGACCUGUGGCACGCCGGACUACUUCGCGCCAGAAGUCAUUGCCUCGACUGGACACACGCAUGCUGUCGACUGGUGGAUGCUUGGGGUGCUGGUCUUCGAGUUCAUGACUGGAUCGGCUCCUUUUGAAGCGCCAUACCCGAUGCAGAUCUAUGCAAAAGUGCUGAAGGGUAUUAAUUCUGUGAAGUUCCCUCCGCAACUCUCACCCCAGUGUGUGGAUCUCAUCAAGGCCAUCUGCCAAAAGGAGCCGGCUGACCGAUUGCCGAUGCUUCCUGGUGGUGCCAAGAACUUGAAGGCCCAUGCCUGGUACAAGGGCUUCAACUGGGACAAGUUUGUGGAGUUCACUUUGGAUCCCCCAUUUGCACCGAAGGUGAGGGGCAAGAAGGACUUGGCUAACUUCAGUGUCCAUCCGGAUGAGAUGCCACGAUUCAUUGAGUAUGUCGAUGACGGAAGCGGGUGGGACAAGGACUUCGCGACGUGCUGA